CACAUCUUGUCCUCCGUCAUGUCACUACCAUUCCGACUCGUCUCCCCUCGAGCCGUACCCAUCUCAGAUCCAGGGUACCCUGUGCAGCUAUACCCAGCGACACUUCAUAAGCAGACAUAGUCGAGCUUCUCUGUGAACUUCGCCAAAUUCGGAUAUGCCGAUCGGCAGCAGAAAGCUUAGCAUAUCGUCUCUCUUCCAGUACUCGCGGCGACAGAAGGAAUCGAACGCCACCGUCGUUUCUUUCCCUUUGCUUGAUCUACCGCAGGAAAUCCUCGAGCGCGUGAUUGUGCUGGCGCGCCCGCUGGAUAUCGUAUCCCUCAGCAGAACAUGCAGAGUCCUACAUGCGCUCACGACUCAACGCAGACUGUGGCUUGAGGUCGCCGAAAUCGUGACUGAGCUCAACAACAUGGUCAUCCAGCGCUCUCUUCUCGAUGCUAUGUCACUUCGCGACCUAAUUCACUUCUCGGCUUCGUCCACCCUCUUCCUUCGUCGUCUAGAGUCCCUCGGGCAAGUGAAGAAGCCGACUCGCUCUGCCUUUCGCCUCCGACCACGCACGCAGCGGGCACUUCCCGUACUCUUCCCUCCAAAACGAAUUGAAGACGAUGGAAUACAUGCGACAUACCUGACGCUGGUCUCUGGCGGGCGGUUCCUUUUGGCACAGCAUACGACUCCAACAGGAGCUACCGCCCGUUUACUGCGCUUGUCUGACGCCGGGGAUGGGACGCUCGAGGUGUACGAGGUGGCGGUCAAAUCCUUCGAGGGGUACUGCCGAAUACACAACCAUUGGGCAACGUCGCACAGACGGACUGUCUUGCGGUUUGCCGUGCUAGAGAAAUUUGAAUCCUCGCCUUCUACCCUUGCGAUUUACGACGUAGACACUGCUACUAUCCAGCCGGAAUUUACCCUGGUAGCUCGUAGCAGUGACCCGCUCCCUGCACUUCACCCGCGCAGUCUGGUCUCGCACUGCGAUGAGCGACGCGUCGCCCUGUGCGGAGAGUGCGCCGUAGCAAUCUGGGACUUCAUUCACGACAGGAUGGUUUCGUUUAAAUGUCCGAGGGCGGAGGAUCCCCGAUAUCCCUACCAUGUCAAAGUCGUUGAUAACCGUGUCCUCUACUUCCAGCAGAGCCUUAUAUUGAUCUACCAACUACCUGAAGAUGCGGACGGCCACCUCUGUACGCUGGAACCCAGCUUCAGACUCGCUGUCGGCGAUGACGGCCUCACGGUCAACAACGUAUACUUCUCCCGCGCGCCAGCCAUCCCCAAUCAACCUUUCCGCUUCCACGUCCACUCCUGGUCCUCCGAUACCCUGCGAACGUACGAGCUCCCUCCGGGUUCCGGCGUCCCAUUUUCCCACCCAUUGCGCGCCGUGCACUGCCCGCGCAUUGAAGCCCGCGACGGGUGCGAGGCGCCGCGGAAUCCAUGGGCGGUCCAAGCUUCUGCAUCGUACACGACGUGUGACGGGACGUGCUUUAUACCUCGACCCUCGUCAGGUUUGCGCUCGACGGUGCUCUGGUUCGAUCUGGAGAGGGAGAACGAGAGUGGCGAGGGCAGUGACGACGUGCGCGCUGGUCACGCGGAGCUGGUCCAUCGGGAUGACUUUAGCAGGGCGCAGGGGAUCGCUUUCGACCCGGCGACUGGGAGGUUGUGCGUGGCGAGCGAAUCUGGCGGGUUGCUGGUGGCGGACUAUGUGUAAGAGUUCAGCGCGUAGUUAGUGAGAAAAGAUAACCUAUAUUCCCUAUAUGCUUUGAGAGCGGUUUGUCGCUGCUGUCAGAGACAGACACCUCCGAGGGCAACUGAUGGCAUGCAUAGUCGACAAGGGCGAGUAUAUAUAAGGGACGAGUGAGCCAAUACACAAGU